AUGGCCUUAUUUAAUCAAGUAGCAAAAAGGCAUCCACCACCUACGUCUAGGAUGUAUUAUAUGAUGGGAUUAUUUAUGCUGUGGAUGGUAGCAUUUACAGUGUUUUAUUAUGUUUGGAUAAAGUUUCAUGCCAGUUAUAUCCUGCUUGGUUUACCUGUCUUUAUGCUACUUACUUCAUUCAUAUUGGCAUGGAUCAGUAAGAGACGUAUGAUCAAGUUUGAAAAUGAAGUAUUACAAGUCUGUUCAAGGUUGAAUGCAACAGAAAAUAUAAGAGGAAUCAACUUUAGAUUUACAAGAGAUGGAUUGGAUAUUACACACUGUCGUUAUUUCUAUAAGCCAAAUUAUGCUAUAGAUAUUGAGAUGGAUGAGAGAUUCACUGCCUUAAACCAGUUCCAUCAGAGUAAUAUUUCAGUUCCUACAACUGCAUUUACAAUCAAUGAAAAGCAAGCAUUGAACAUGUUUGAAUAUAUUAAUGUAUAA